CGCCAGGCGGGUGUCGCGUCGCCAUGGCCAAGCACCACCCGGACCUCAUCUUCUGCCGCAAGCAGGCGGGCGUGGCAAUUGGAAGACUUUGUGAAAAAUGUGAUGGCAAAUGUGUGAUCUGUGACUCCUACGUGCGGCCCUGCACUCUCGUGCGCAUAUGUGAUGAGUGUAACUAUGGCUCGUACCAAGGGCGCUGUGUGAUCUGCGGGGGUCCAGGAGUGUCUGAUGCCUACUACUGCAAGGAGUGUACCAUCCAGGAAAAAGAUAGAGAUGGUUGCCCUAAGAUCGUCAAUCUGGGCAGUUCCAAGACAGAUCUCUUCUACGAAAGGAAAAAGUAUGGCUUCAAGAAGAGGUGAUCCUAUCCGUACAUGGCUACACCUCCUGUUGGGUUGGCAAGAGGGUCUUGGAACAUCUCUGGACUUCACUAUUAUUCAAAACCGGUUGAUUAUUUUUUUCUAAAGCAGUACAAAUUCAGUAGUAUGCUUGGGGUUGGAGAAGUAGCAGACUGAGUGGGGACUGAAACCUGAUCAGAACUAUCAGAAAGAGCAAAUGAGGAUUACUGUCUCAUGCCUUUUCAGAAGCUCUGCGAGUAGUUGCCCCAGGUCGCCAUAAAAAUCCUGUUGGGCAAGUAUUUACAUGUGGAGGAGACCAGCUCAGUAAAAAGCAAGUGCCAUUUCUGAUCCUGGGAAGCACCUUGCAGUUGUUCUUGCCAGGCCUCCUCUCAAUUGUUUGAAAUCACUCCAUGCAUCAGUAUUGAAAAAUGAAGCACCAAUCCCAUGUGUCCACUCUCCCCCUCCCUCCCUCCAGUAUAUUUCCAUGCUGCCCUGUUUUGUAAGGAACCUGCUCAUGGCUGGUGCCUUCCUAGGGAGAGCACAGCUGUUCCAUGUUUUCUUUGACAGAUUAAUCCAAGGCCCUUUCUUGUAACCAUUUCUGUAGAAUGCAUACCAAUAAAGCUUCUUGGG